CCUGGCUCCUUUCUCCCUCCCAUCGGCCUCGGCUUGCGGGCCUUUCAAACAUGGAGGAGCGCGAGUGGGGGGCGAGGUCGGCUCGCGCCGGCAGCCCAGCCAGCCCGCCCAGCCCGCGGCUGGACGUCAGCUCCUACAGCUUCGACCCGCUGCUGGCCCUGUACUCGCCGCGCCUGCCUCCCAUUCCCUACCCCAACGCGCCCUGCUUUAACAACGUGGCGGAGUACGAGAGCUUCCUGAAGGGCGGGCGGGCCGGGCGCGGCCGGGCUCGGGGCGCCGGGGAGCCGGCCUCGGCGGGAACCUCCACCGGAACCUCCACGGGAGCCGGCACCUCGACCAGGGCCCGUCGCCGCGCCGCGCCCACCCCUGAUCCCGAGCGCAUCCAGCGUCUGCGCCGCCUCAUGGUGGUCAAGGAGGACGCGGACGGCUCGGCCGGGGCUCGACGCCAGGGCCCGGGGCGCAGCAAGAAGGCACCACGAAACGUGCUCACGCGAAUGCCCUUGCACGAAGGCAGCCCUCUGGGUGAGCUCCACCGCUGUAUCCGAGAGGGAGUGAAGGUGAAUGUUCACAUCCGCACUUUCAAGGGACUUCGGGGUGUCUGCACAGGCUUCCUGGUUGCAUUUGACAAGUUCUGGAAUAUGGCCCUCACUGAUGUGGAUGAGACCUACCGUAAGCCUGUCUUAGGCAAAGCCUACGAACGGGAUUCUUCGCUGACUCUCACAAGGCUGUUUGAUCGACUGAAACUUCAAGAUUCCUCCAAAAAGGAAGCAGAUUCCAAGUCUGCAGUUGAAGACUCCACCCUGUCUAGAUACUCGCAGACAUCCACUUGGAAGGUGGCUUCAGUGUGGGGACGAGGAGACACUGACCGCGGCUCACACAGGCGCUCCCGCUCUGUCCCUUCUUCCCUGCAGGCAUCUGCAAGGGAGGAGUCCAGGUCUGAGCUGUCAGGGAGGACUACACGGACAGAGGGGUCCAGUGCAGGAGGCACCUGCUCCAGGGCCACCACCCUUUCACGGGGCCAGUCCAGAAAGAAAAAGAGAAAGCCCAAGGUGGAUUACCAGCAGGUAUUCACGAGACACAUAAAUCAGAUUUUCAUUCGCGGCGAGAAUGUCCUGCUCGUUCAUCUUGCACAGUGACCAGCUCAGCCCCAGUUGACCUUUGGGUUUUAGAAAUAAAGUGCAUGAACUGUUCCUAUGCUAUAUCCUAGUAUCCCAGUCAAAGUAUGAGUCACAGUGAUUCCCACUGGUCCUGCCCGUACAGAGGACAGAGCUGGCUCAGCCUCUGGAAACUGAGUUGAGGGGAGGACAGGUCAGCAAUACUAACCAGGCAAAAACCAUUCAUAGUACAUGCUCCUGACAGGCUGUCAUUGUCUGCUCCAGAGUCUCAAGCAUAAGCUGUUCUCUUUGACUUAGGAUCAUAAUAUGAGUGGAAUCCAGUCCGUGGAAACUGUAAGAAAUGUCUGAGAAGGAAAGAUUUCAUUUCUAAAAGCUAGUACUCUGAGCACCGUGAGUUUGAUGUAAGAGCAGUAGUGUAAAUUGCCCGAGUGCUGCACCCAUAUCUUGGAACUGACCUAUGCUCUGCAUCAUGCUUUCUUGAUCAAGCAGUGAAAUUUCUCAUCCUUGAAUAUUAGUAAUGUCUAGGAAAGUUACCAGCUUAUGCAGGAGCGGAGCUCAGCUAGGUGGCUGCUCUAAGCAGCCCAUGGUGACAGCUCUGCUUUGUCCCCCUCUACUCGUGGGAAGGGAUGCAGAAGCUCAUCAGUCUUCCCCUCACCAGAGGUGGCCUCUGCACAUGGCAUACAGAUGGGACUGUGCCGUGCUCGUGGCUCCUGUGUUGUCCUCUCCGACUCCUGUGGCAUGGUGCUAGAUGCAUGUGCUCUGUGGUAUCGCCCAUGUGUUGUGUGUGAACUGUCCUCAUGUGACCUUCGUGUCAGACUUCAGAGAGCUCUGCGCGAACUCGGUGAUUAAUACACAUCUGUCACAUGGCUGACAGUCCCCAUUCUAGGCGGGGCUGGCCUUGUGUAGAAAGUCUCUCAGAAUGGUGUUACUGUGAAAGAAGGGACAUACACUUUUAUUCCCUGUGUCACACUGGUGAGGUUCUUAGAAGUGAAUGGGUAUGUCCUAAGGGCACUUGACUCCCAUUUAGGCUUGAGUGACAGGAAUACCAAAGGACCCAGGGACGCGCCUACUUGAAUUAUAUCACCAUUUGCUUUUCAAUCACAAUACAGAAUGGGCUACAUCUUGACAUAGACUGUUAGGCAAUAUUGAUUUUCAAAAUUUUGUUUAUACUUCCUUUAUGUUAGAUAACUUAUGUUCAAAGUAAGAACAAGAAAUAGAUAAUUAGUCUAAAUGUAUGUAUGAAUAGAACAUUUCUCCUGCUGCGUUUGUGGAUAGCAUGGGUAAGCCUCUCUAGAAGCAGAGUAAUUAAAGUUCUGUUAGCUGGACCACUGCCUCAUCAGACAUUGAAAAGUGAGCAGAUGUGCCUCAGUUUCCCCAUCAGAUACCUACCUCACCAGGGCACUGUGGCAGGAUUUUAGGAAGGUGUUUUACAGCCUCUAAGCAUACUUAAGUGCCAUUUUUCCUUACUCUAUUGCAUAGCUCUGUAAAAAUUUUCUUGUCCUAUGAGCAAGGCAGGUGCUAUAUAAGAAAGGUAUCUUCCCAAAUUUCCCAAAUGUCAUUGUGGUCUUGUAGCCAUCAUCAGAAAGCUGUGAGAACUUCAGCAACUGGGUAUCAUGGUCCGUUCCUUCCUCUAGAGGGAAACGGGACAUCUCAGAGGAACACCUUCACUAAGGAGAGACUGGCUUUCUUUUUGCUGCUCCCCCACAUCCUGGCCCCUGCUUUUCAAGGGUAUCUGUUGUGAUACUGAAGGGAGGCUGCAGCUAAAAACAGCGCUAUUCCCAAAGGGGGAAUCUGAGGGCUUUCUGUCUGUUUGCCUGUUUUCAUUUCUAAUUGCAUCUGAGGUUGAAGUUAGGACAGAUGCACGGAGGUCUGUGGAGGCUCAGAUACAGACUCAGGUUCACGACUCUUGUCUUCUAGUGUAAAUUCCCUUCUGCCUCCUAUGCCCGGUCUCUGUUCUCAAGUCCCUCAUCAGGCUGUAUCACCUCCAUCUCCACCAGUGUUCUCUAUGUGGCUGUCCUUGCCUGCCUACCCUCUUCUCCCUUAACUAGAAGCUGUAAUGGAUGCUCUUUUUUCUGACUAUGUAGAAAUGUGCAAUCGAAAGGAAUAGAAAGGAUUUCUGUUCAUGCUAGUGACCCUCCUGAUUUAUUUUAUACACGUGCCAGUUUUGUGUUGCUAUAUAACUCUCCCAUAUUUCUAUAGGGACUGAUUUAUAAUUUUCCACUCAACAUGACAACUCUAGCUGUGAAAUUGUUUGUGCUCUCUCUUUAGAUCCCCUCCAUUUAUUUGUUUAAUCUGGACAGUGAUUCCAAAAUGAAUAUUCUUAGGAAAUGUGUAACUUUAUGCAAAGUAUGAUAAUUAUUUUUAGAUAAGUCAAUUUAAUAAAUUAUUGCCUUUUCUUUAUUAUUGGAAAGUUUUUCAAAAAUAAAGAAAAAUGUGUUCUAAUAAUGUAUUGCUGCUCAAAAACGAUAUCACAUAGGUCAUAAUGGGUCAUUGUAGUGGUUGGAUUGGGCUGUUUGCUUAGUGGUAGGUAGGCCCUAUGCUUGGUGUUCAUGAGACCCUGAGCUCAGUCCCUGGCAUGAAUGAAUGAGUGAAUGAGUCAAUAAAAGUUGCUAUGGAAACAGCUCAAGUUUUCCUUAGGAGAAAGAAAGACCCUAGGGAAAGGGUGUUGGUGAGGUUGAGUACUAGAAGACACUAGAAGACCCUUCCUUCUGAGGAGUCCAUGAAUUGAGAAUGGAGUAGGGCCUGCUCAUUGGUGUUCUGUGGGGAUUAGAGUUUCCUUUUGAAUAAACAGCUUUGAUUGUUCAAACUAAUCUCUAGAUACCCAAAUAAUCCACAGAAUAGUCCUGUAUUCUUGUUGAGGUCUUUUCAGGAGUGUUUGGCUUUAUCAGGUGGUAAUGUUGCCAGCAAUUAGUAAGGCCAGUGAUUGGCUUGCUUUUUGUUUUCAUUUGUUUGUUUUGCUUUGCUUUGCUUUGCUUUGUUUUUUUGAGACAGAGUUUUACUGUAUCUCCCUGGCUGGUCUGAAACUCACUCUGUAUACCAGAAUGGCUUCAUACUCACAGGUCUGCCUGCCUCUGCCUGCUGGGCACUGCCACUAAAUAGAUUGCCCUCCACUUCUGACUUGGCUAUUAGUGUUACCAAUUUAGCCACAGUUGCUGUGAAAUUUAAAUAGAAAUUACAAGUAGGCAAGCAUCAACACCUGAACAAGGUUGUUAAAGGUCCCUGUUCAAGUGUCAGGGAGACAGUAUUGAGGACUGGGAGCCCUGGGCAAUGUCCAAGGACUAAGGUCUUACAUAGACAAAGGAGGCCAAGCUCCCCCAGGCACAGCCAACCAUGUACAGAUGCCAGGAUUUCUGCCCGUGUCGCAGCAACUGGUUUGACAAAGUGGUCUGCUCAUGUCUUUUGGCGUUGUUUGUGCUCAGCUUGCAGAAGCUGCUGGCAGGGCUCACACCACCACCUGGGAUAACCACAGGUUGGUCAAGUUCAGACAUAUGCACAUAGGCUACAGGAAAGUGGGGGAAGGAGCCAGCAGCUUCUGAAAGUGGCCGUGGGUGGAAAUCCUGUUAUAAAAGUAGCCUGCGUUAAAUGGGCAAUGUUAAUGUGGAACCCGGCUCCUCUGUGUCUGGUGAGUAAGUGGCAGCCAGAGCCCUGCUGCAUGCCAUCCUGUGUCCUUAGAGCGUUUCUUGUGCUCCAUAGCCACACAGCUUCCACCCGGGAUUGUUUGCGUUACUGUCUAGGAAGCUGGAGGUUUUCUUUCUCAGGACUGGCAGGUGUGACAGGUGGCUUGUGAAAUGCUUAGGCAGUUAGCCUCUGAGGCAGGGGCUUUGGAGCAGUCUGUACCUUGCCCUUUGCCGGGUGUUCAUCAAGGCAGGGAACAUUCCAGUGUGGGUACCCACGAACCCUUGUGGUGAGCUGUGGUCAGAUCAGGAGCAGCUCCGUCUGUCUUGACAGGGAAAGAAUGCCCCUUCAGAGGUUGUCAGGUCAUGAGCUCUGAGCUGCCCUUAAUAAUCGGCCUCCCAGAGAUCUGUGCCGACACUUCCCUUUAAGAAAAAAGAAAUAGACCCAGCAUGAUUCAAAGUGGGGGUUUGUGUUUCUGUUUACACUCUCUCUAUGACAGCUACCCUGGCAAAAUCAUGAAAUACCGCUGGUUCUAUAAAUUGCUUCUUUAAAUGUCCUGUAGAUUUUUCCUGUAGGAAAAAGUUAAAAUCAUUCAAGGACAGCUAGCUGUCAUUGGUGCUCCCCCAGAGCGUUUCAUUCCCUUCUGCGUUUUUUUUGAAUGAAAUGGUGAAUGCAGAAGAGUCUGGUGGUAUAAGUUGAGUAGCUUGAGAGGUGUCUUCAUUUUUCUCUUUCUGAACCACAUCUGGAAUACACACAGCCCAUUGUAAGUAACUGUUCAUCUGUCCGUGUCUUUCUUGCCCAGAAAGCUUUUUCUCAGUGACUCAAAGCAAAACCAUCUCAUCUGGCCCCGUGGUGUGUGGGAAAGGCAGGCAGUCUGCUGUUACUUUGUGGCAUAUUGGUGGAUUUAAGAUAUGCCUUCAGGCUCCUGACAGUUAUCUGAAGAAGGGUGGGUCCUCCAUCACUCCCAGUGUUUUGAGUAUUUUUCAAGUGUUUGUCAGCUCACUCCUAAUAAAAGCGAAAGCUCUCUGUCAAAAAACGGCAUGGGUAGUCUGAAGAUGGGGGCAAGAAAACUCUGUGCACUCAGGACCUGGGGGUCUUUAAGUUGUCAGAGUCUGGGCUCUAUCAGAAUGCUUUCUGCAAACACAGGGUAUCUCACGAGAGCUGGAAAUAUGGUUCCUGGCACACUGCAAUCGCUCUUGAUUGUGAGUCCUUAGGAGCAAAUGUGUGAUGUGCUUCCAGAGCCCCGAAGGAAAUGUCUGGACACUGCCAGGGUUGCUGCAGGUCAUUACCUGGCCUUGUGUGGAGCUGGACUCCAGAGCAGCUCUGCUCUUCUGUUCUCCCAACAGGAUAGCAGACAGUAAGCUGUGUCCUAAAAAACUCAACACCUGUAAUCCCAGCCCUUAGGAGACUGAGGCAGGGGGAUCACUGUGAUUCAGGCUAGUCAAAGCUACAGAGGGAAGGAGUCUCAAAAAAAAAAAAAAAAGACAGCAACUAAAAAGUGGUUUGCUUAUUUGAUGUGGACAAGUAAAGGCUGUAGCAACUGUGUCCCCUCUGUACCGUGACUUGGUGAUGGUUUUACAAGCAGGGCUGAACCUGGAUGACUAUGGUUUCAGUGCUCAUACAGCAACUGAUAAACCCCCAACUGAUCUCAUCUUUACAUUACCCCUGUUGUUAGGUUAACGGAGACCCUUCCAGUUGAGGGUGCCUGCUGCUAGUAAUCUCCAUUCUCAAUGUGCUGCUUUUGGUAUGUGUCAAUUGGGAGUCUGGAAACUAAUAAAUAUGAUUGUAUCCAU